AUGGAGAACGGGCUGGAGGAGGUGCCGCGGAGCAGUGAGGAAGAGGAGGAGAGACGGUCUCGGUCCUGCUCACCUGAGCUGCCCUUUUCCGAUGAUGCCCGUCCCAAGCCGGACUUUGUGCAGCUGAUCGACGAGCGCGGCAUCUACUCCACUGCCAAGCUGGUGCUGGGGAGCACGGUGGGCGAGCUGGAGGAGGCGGCGGUGAUCGUAGACGAGAAGCCCUUCCAGUGCGGUGUCUGCGAGAAGGCCUUCAAGCGGGCCUGGGAGCUCUUCAGCCAUGAGGUGGUACACAACGAGGAGCGUCCCUUUCGCUGCGACCUCUGCCAGGCCUCCUUCAAGCGCCACUCGGACUUCAAAAGCCACCGGCUGGUCCACACGGAGGAACGACCCUUCCGCUGCGAGCUCUGUGGCAAGCGCUUCAAGCGUUCCUCCAACCUCCAAGAGCACCGGCGCAUCCACAGCGGCGAGCGUCCCUUCCGCUGCCCUCGCUGCGCCAAGAGCUUCAAGACCCCCUACGAGCUGCAGCGCCACGCGCUCACCCACUGCGCCGAGAAACCCUUCAAGUGUGCCGACUGCGGGAAGGACUUCCCCACCUCCAACGCCCUCCUCCUCCACCAGCGCCAGCACUGCGACGACAAACCCCACGUCUGCGGGGUCUGCGGGAAGAAGUUCACCUACGGCCACAGCCUGAAGGUCCACGAGCGGGUGCACACGGGUGACCGCCCCUUCGUCUGCCCGCUCUGCGGCAAGGGGUUCAAGCAGUCCAACGCCCUCUCCUCCCACGAGCGGGUGCACACCGGGGAGCGUCCCUUCGUCUGCAAAACCUGCGGGAAAGCCUUCAAGCAGUCGUCCUACCUGGUGAUCCACGAGCGGGCGCACACGGGGGAACGCCCUUACAAGUGCGAGGUGUGCGGGAAGGCCUUCGCCCGGCCCUCCUUGCUCCUCCAGCACCACCGCGUCCACAGCCAGGAGCGGCCCUACAAGUGCAGCUUCUGCCACAAGUUCUUCAAGGACCUGGCCUACCUGGCCGUGCACGAGGCUGCGGUGGCCGUAAGCGCGCUGCCAACACGCCACCACCGACAACAGACUGGUGGACCUCGUACGGCGUGGACCCCUGAAAAGCUGCGGCGUUUCUCCAGAGUCCCAGCCCUUUUGCCGAACGUGGACCUGCGCCUUGCCUCCCUCCGUGGGGGGUGA